GCGUGAACUGUAUUGAAAAGGCGGUUAAAUUUGAAUAUUGCCCGGGAGUCUUUUCAAAUAGGCGUUGUUUAUCUAUCACCUAUGACACACCAAAUUAGAAUGAGUCGGCGAAACCUGAAGCACUUGAAAGGACCGCGUGAAUUCGUUGAAAAAAACGGCACGAUCUCAGUGUUGUCACAUUUGUCGAACGUAAUAUGGCGGUGCAAGUUCGAUUUUCAUUUCAAGAGGCCAAAGGGUAACUGAAUAAGAAAGUUUAGGAGUGUUGCCUAGCAUGUUGUUAUUGUUUUACUUUGUUUGAACAGCUUGUUUGCUUUCAACUGCUCUUGAAACUCAUAGUUGGGGACUUUUUUGCAGGCUCACAUCAAGACCCAACGAAGGAAAAAUGAAGUUAGCAAUGCCAUUUCUUCAUGCUAUCGUGCUGCUAGUGUUAGCUGGUAAGAUUAACAAGCUAACAUUUUACAUAGUUAAGCAUAACUCAGACACUAGAUCAGUAGACUGAAAAUUUGAUAUUGAAAGAAAAUGUAUUUUUAUGGGACGAAAAUGAGCAUAGAUAUUGCAAUUAGGCUUAAAUUUGACUUAAGUUUGAUUAUGUUAGUUUUUCUGAUGAGGCAGUUUGGCUAGUACUGUGACAUGAUAUGUUUUCCUAUUUUGUAGAUGAAUUUUUUGCUCUAUUCAAGCGGGUUUUGUGCAUCUGUGAAGGGUUUUACUUUACCAAUGAAAAUUUAAACAAAAUGUCUUUGGAUGAAUGGGGGAGUGGGUUGUGAAUGAAGGAUGGGCAAACUUUGUAUUUGAAUGUAUGCGUUCAUUUUCUCAUGAGCUUGACAAUAUUUAUCACAAUAUUGACUGACUGGUGAUAAUAAGUGUUACCUCAUUCGCAUUCGUUGAUGUUGCUGUUGGAAUGGGCUAAUUUAUAAUGGUACUAGGACCAAGUGGAGUCUGAUUUCUAAUAGUAAUAAGACCGAGUGGAGUCCAAUUAUGAGUGAUUAAAAGAUCAGACAACCGCAAAGCCAGAGUCCAAUUUGAUUAUCACGAGUACAAUUACUGACAGAAUUGAACAACAAGAAGUCCUGUUACCAAUUUGUCAUAUCCAUUUCAAUUUCUAGAAAAACAAAUACACCUAGAACAAAUAUCUUCAUAUAUCUUUGGAUAAGUGGUUGUUGCUAUGGUUAUUUUGAUCAUUUCUAUGAUUAUGGGAUUAGCUGAGUGGACUUAGUAUGAUUGGCUCCUUCAACUGUCCAGUAAAGGUGUCUGAUUGCAGCUAACUGUCUGACUACACUGUCCAAUUACAACUGUACAGAUUGAUCAGUGAAGAAAUGAAGCUCUGAUUACACCAAUAAUAUUUGACAAAUUAGUUAUGGCUAUGAUUAGGUUUAUAAUCGUACAAGUGAUUAGUAAAAUUGGACAAGCACGAAAUGGAAGUUCAAUUUGUUAAUUUUAGGUAUGAUUACAAACAGAAUUUGACAACAUGAAGUCCUGUUACCAAUUAAUCAAACGUAUCACAAAAUUUGAAAACUACAAAUUAAACUAGACAUCAGUUAAUGUUUUCAUGAAAAAAAACCCUCAAUUGUUUUACUUUGAAGAACCCAUUACCUUGGAAUUAAGUUUCCUUUAUGAAGUGGGUGGGUAUAGAUGUCUGUGACUGUAGUCUGUAAAAAAUGUUGAAAUUUCAAGGCAUCUAACAAUUUAUUCCCAGCCUUCAUAAUUUUAUUAAAUAAGAUUAAUAAAACUUAGCUAGUUUUGUUACAUAACAGUGUCUUUCAUGUGCCUUUUUUCUCUUCUCAAAGGUGGCAUUCAGUGUUCUCCAGUAAAAGGGAAUUUUUCUUUUCUCAUCAAUCAAGACUUGGAAGUGAGAAGAGUAUACACAGCCAUUGAAAGUACUGCUGUGUUCAACUGCACAGCAAAUGACUUAACUGCUAAUGUCACAUUGAAUCGAACUGACAGCCAACUUAGACAAGAAAAAAUAACCAGAAAUGGUGCAGUCUUCACUAUUCAUCGCAUCACAAGACAUGAUGCAGGUCACUACUUAUGUGUUGCUAAGAGGAAGGAUGGACAAGUUAUCACCAGAAAGAUCUUAUUAUAUAUCGAUUCCAGUAAGUUCCUGCUUUUCUUUUCUAAGAAUCACAAAGGAUUUUUGUGAUGUUCCAUGGCUAUUUGAAGAACAAUAUGAAAUAGCUGUUACUUUGUACUUGAGACUUUGAAAUGUAUGCAAGUUAUAGUUGGUAAUACAGAAAAAAUGUAAUCAGUUAUUUUGCUUUGAUUUCUAAAUGUCAAUUUCUCUCUCUCUCUCUUUUAUAAGGAACUCCUAGUGUUACUGUUGACCCUCAUAGGAAUAGGAGAGUUUUACAUGGUUCCCCUCUUAAAUAUGUCUGUGAGGGUAAUAUGGGAACGCUGACUUGGUUCAAAGAUGGUGUGGAACUUCCAACAGACAGUUUGCCAGGUGUCAGUGUCUUCUCCUCCCAUGGUCCUAAUGGAAUUUUGGAAAAGGAUCUGGUCAUCUUACAGGCUGACUUUGCACAUAGUGGCAGAUACAGAUGUCUGUUAACUUUAAAAGGAUUCACAUCUUUUCAAUAUGUAGAAGUCAGUGUCAAAGGUAACUAAAAGUCAUAGUUGCCUACCUGUUUAAGGCUUAAGAGAUAAGAAAUUUUUUUGUGCACAUUUUCAAUGUAACUUUUUUCUCAGCUCUUUUAUUGCGAUCAUUAGCAGAGUAUCUCAAUUCUUUUAAAAGAGUCCAAUAAUUGGAAUCUGAUUUUCAACUGGGUAUUUCUUACAAUGUACUCAACUCUAUUUGCAUAACUGUAUGUGAUGAAAAUGUUUGCUGACCUUAUAACUUCUUAAAAGUUUGGGAUGACCUUUUUUCUUCCAGCUCCAGAACCUGCUAGUAUCACAUCUGUAACACCCCAUAGCAUAUUUGUCAAUGACACAGACAGUGGUCCAGAUGUAGAACUUGACUGUCGAGUCAGUGGUUUCCCUCCACCAAAGAUAACAUGGACAAAAGAUGGCAAAGAAAUAAAGAAGUGUUAUAAAAGCCACCCAUGUGAAAAGAUUCAGCGAUAUAUUUUAACAUCCCACAAUGGUUUGAUCAUUCGGAAGAAGAAUCUCAGUCUUGAUGAUCAAGGAGUAUAUCGCUGUGAAGCAGAGAAUGCUUUUGGAAGGGCUUUCAAAGAGAUUGUUGUUGAUCUUCCAAGUAAGUCGUUUGUUUGGUAAUUGUUCCGACUGCUUUUAAGAAAAAAGUGAGGGAAGGUUUGGAAGUUUGGGGUUUGUGUUACUCAAAUAUUUUAAUCUGAGAGGCUCAUCGAGUUGAAGACAGGUUUAGUAGAUAGAAAAUUUACACCUUGAAGUGUGUCAUGUUGUCAUGAAAAGUCAUAGCAUUGACUGCAAUGAUUGUCUUUUUUUGAAUGGAACAAGAAUGGUGAAACAAGAGAAGAAUUUUAAAUGUUUAUCCUACUUUGACUUAUGCUCUUUUACGGAGUGGCGAUCACAAGUUUAUGGCUUCUUGAGUAUGUUCCCUUUACAUUGGCAGAACUAGGCCAGGCGCAGGGUUCGGUCCCUCGAAACUGAAGAAACCAACGUUGGAAAAAAGAGAUUUUCAGCGCCCUCGCCCUCUACUGUUGUUCACAGAUCCCCGAUCCGCCCCAGCCUAGUAGUUCCUUUACAUCUUAAAAUCAGUAUGCAAGUUCGCCUUACUAUUCUCUGUGCAUUCCUAAUAGCACUUCCUAGUAAAUUUGUCUUCCAAUCAGAAGUGAUCAUUUCCUUUUUUCUCAUGUACCACCAUAACGUGUGGUUUAGGUUAUUAAUUGUAACAUUGUACGAUAUUGUAAGGAGACACUAGAUGCGGGUCGCUCUUACGGGCUAAAGGACUAAAGUGAACUUUGAUUUCAUUUACAGGUCCUCCUGUAUUAGACAAACUAAAGGGAAGAGAGAAAACUGUGAAAUGGUAUGCAGGGCAGAAAAAGUCAAUUGUCUUUUCAUGUCAUGCUACACGAGGUGCCCCACGGCUACGUUUUAAGUGGUUUAUAGCAUUUGGUUCGACUAAAAUGUUUGUCUCGUCUAAAAAUAAUUUUUAUAAGGGGUGUUUUACUCAAAGAGACGGGGCUAAAAGCAGCAUCCUAGAAACACCUGGGAAAGACGCAUCUUCAUGUUUCACCACGCGCCUUCAAGUGAAGUGCUCCGUGGAAAAUGAUUAUGGAAAAGAUGAGGUGGUUUAUACACUUUUGGAGAUCUCCUCUCCUUCUAAUGCGCGAGACUAAUAGUCCCAGCGACUUGUCUUAUUGGUAUGUCCCGGCCUGACCAUAGCACACAGGUGGCUAUGCGUGCGCUAAAGUGAGGUGUUUUUUUGCUCACUGGGUAUUGAAACGAACAACUAGAUGUACAGUGGUUUAUGGUUAUCUAUGCCUGAUGUGGCAUUUUUUUAUUGACUUAAUGUUUACAAUGCACUCUUACUGUUAGUUUUAAGUAUUGUUCUUUUAAAGUGAUUAGUGAAAAUGAUUGAUUUUAAACUCCAACCUCGUUUGUUUGUCUAAAGUACGUACUCCUAAGUCUAUCAAAGUAUGUACGACUUGUUGAUAAUAAUGGUUUUUAAGUAAUUCGACCUCACAUUGAGGGUUUUAUUGUAAAGCAGUAUAUGCUAGUAGUUUUGUUAUUUUUAUUCCCUCAUUUAUUUGUAUUUACUACUUGUUUGUUGUCGAGCUUAUAAAUCACAUUUUAAUCGAUAAUGUUUACCUGUGCAUGAAAUUAGAUUUGUGGAGAUUGUAACGUUAAUGAUAUAUCUGAAU